AACCUGCCCUGGGGGGUGGACGCCCUCAUCACCCUCUGCUUCCAGGACAAGAAGUACAGCCUGCGCACCGCCGACGAGCGCUACCUGCGCUGCGAUGGCACGCUGGUGCCCGAGCCCGGCGCCCGCACCGGCUACACCCUCGAGUUCAAGGCGGGCAAGUUGGCUUUCAAGGACUGCGACGGCAAAUACCUGGCACCCACGGGGCCCACCGGCACCCUCAAGUCCGGCCGCAGCUCCAAGCCGGGCAAAGACGAACUCUUCGACCUGGAGGAGAGCCACCCCCAGGUGGUCUUCACG